AUGGCAUUUCAGAAGUUUGGCAAACCUUCAGAAUGCCUGACUAGUAUGGGUAACGAUAACCAAAGGUUAACCAAAAUUCGACAUACCAUUGGGAAGCCUGACUGGUAUGAAGUAACGGAAACUAAAGUGACGUCACCGCCUCCUCCACCACCACCUCCUCCCCCACCACCUCCACCACCACCUUCCCCACCUCCACCACCUCCUCCACCUCCUCCACCUCCACCUCCACCGCCACCUCCACCACCACCUCCACCACCACCUCCACCACCACCUCCACCACCUCCUCCACCUCCUCCUCCACCUCCUCCACCACCUCCCCCACCACCACCUCCCCCACCACCACCUCCCCCACCACCACCUCCCCCACCACCACCUCCUCCACCACCUCCUCCCCCACCUCCACCACCCCCUCCUCCUCUACCACCUCCCCCUCCCCCUCCACCGCCUCCUCCACCACCAUUGCCGACACCGUACCCAUUCCCAUCACCACCCCCUCCUCUACCACCCCCUCCGCCUACGUACCUUCCACCACCACCACCCCCUCCUCCACCCCCUUCGCUACCACCACCCUCUCCUCCUCCACCUCCUCCACCAUCUCCUCCCCCACCACGUCCUAGACUACCACCCCCACCUUCUCCUCCACCACGUCCUCGACCACCGCCACCGCCACCUCCUUCAGCUCCACCGUCGACAAGAAGCCCUAUAAUUUCCACUCCAGCUCCAAAAUACUUACCACCAUAUACUCCCAGAGCUUCAAUACCUGUCCCUUCGCCUCGUCCCGUACCAAUACAGCCUAUUCAACCACGUCCAACUUCUUCACCUCGUAUUCCACAACCAACGUAUCAACAAACUCGACCUCCAGCUGUGCAACUACCCGUAGGCCGGAGCUACUUACCUCCAUCAGGCUAA